AUGACAACAAACCCGAGAAAGGGUACCGACCCUGCGCCUAUGGAAGAAAGUGACCAGCUCGGCAUUAGACCAUUAGGUGCGGGUCAAGAAGUGGGCAGAUCGUGUAUAAUGUUGGAGUUUAAAGGCAAAAAGAUAAUGUUGGACUGUGGCAUACACCCUGGGUUAUCUGGCAUGGAUGCUCUACCCUUUGUAGAUCUGAUAGAAGCUGAUGAAGUGGACCUUCUUCUUAUUUCACAUUUCCACCUUGACCACAGCGGGGCGCUGCCAUGGUUUCUGACGAAGACUUCCUUCAAAGGCCGCGUCUUCAUGACCCACGCCACAAAAGCUAUUUAUCGAUGGCUCGUCUCCGAUUAUAUCAAAGUUAGCAAUAUAUCAACAGAACAAAUGUUAUACACGGAGUCGGAUCUGGAGAAUUCAAUGGACCGUAUCGAGACGAUCAACUUUCACGAGGAGAAGGACGUGAGGGGGGUCCGCUUCUGGGCGUACAACGCCGGCCACGUGCUCGGAGCCGCCAUGUUCAUGAUCGAGAUCGCUGGAGUCAAGAUACUGUACACAGGCGACUUCUCCAGGCAGGAGGACAGGCAUUUAAUGGCCGCUGAAAUACCGACAGUGCAUCCGGAUGUUUUGAUUACGGAGUCCACCUACGGCACUCACAUCCACGAGAAGCGAGAAGAGCGCGAGAGCAGGUUCACCGGUCUCGUCAGCGAGAUCGUACAGAGGGGGGGACGAUGUCUCAUUCCUGUGUUCGCGUUGGGACGAGCCCAGGAACUGCUCCUCAUACUUGACGAGUACUGGUCCCUCCACCCUGAGCUGCAGGACAUCCCGAUCUACUACGCCUCGUCUCUGGCCAAGAAGUGCAUGGCGGUGUACCAGACGUACGUGAACGCCAUGAACGAUAGGAUCCGGCGGCAGAUCGCCAUCAACAACCCCUUCGUGUUCAGGCAUAUCUCUAACUUGAAGGGUGUAAGGGACGUGUAA